AAACAACCGAUUUGUCCGCAUGAUCCACUACCAUAUUGAUAAUCUCCAGGAAUCGUUUGUCCGACAGAUUUUUCAUGAACUUGAAGAAGGAUCAACUUCCUCGUGCUGUCCAAGAAUAUCUGUCAACAUUCUGCAGGAACUUGACGUGAUGAAGGGAACUGUCGUCAUUAUGUAUGUAAUGAUUUUUAUAAGUUUCAGGUGUCAGUGUCUCUUCAAUUUCGGGUUCUUCAGAUUGUCCCCCAGGAUUCUCUGACUCUCCCUCAGAUGUCCCAAUAUUACUCAUGAUUUUGAAGAUGAUUUAGCGACUGUUAUCCGGAAAUUAACGUCCAAGAAUUAGAAAUUGUUGCUUUGUGUGAAGUCGUCGUCAAGUUGUUGCUCGUAAUGAACGCGAGGAAUAGUUUCGUCGGUCAGUCAGUCGACGAUGGAGUUGGCGAUCGUUGUGAUAGUUUUGUGGACAUUCUUCCCAGUCGAGGGGUUCGCUCGAGGAAUUCCUGUGGACCCUGACGACAAUAUUAGCAAUGAGGUAUCAACAAUGAAUAUUCAAAUAUCUGAGUAUCCAGGAGGCCACAUGCUUUUCAUCACCCCCGGAGAAGUCCUUCCCAAUUCUUCUCACCGUUUACCUGUUAAAAACGUUUCAACAAGUGAAAACAUCAACAAUUGUCUUCACAGGGCCUUCAACAAGACUAUCACAAACUUACAGAAACAGCUCACCGAAAUUUCGUUGAAAGUAAGUGUUUUGGAAUCAAAAUUAGAGAGAAAAUUAAUGAAAGAUGAGAAGAAUUCUCCAAAUAUCCUCUUCAUUCCACCAAAGACUCCUGAAAGUCAGACGACGGACAGAUCAGCACUCGAUCAUCUGCCAAAAGAGUGGGAUAAUUUUGAGUGGAUGACACCCCUGAAAGUGUCCACGACCCUAGCCCCAGAACCACCGCUCGUAAAUCUAAUCUCUACAAUAAUCCCCGUGUCGUCAACGCCGUCGCCUACUCAACAGCAGAUUGAUCUCCUGAACCGAGCGAAGAGGAAAAGCGAAAAAAUUACUGAAGGAGUUGAUAAAAAACCUAAAGUAUUGUCGCUAUGUGCUCGGAUUAUUCCAGUUGAUGAAAAAAGACAUUCUUCGAUAUCGAGUAAUCGUCGGUCGAAGAGAACUCGUCGUGAAGUAUUGAAUAAUUAUGAGAGGAACUUGCUGGAACCAAUGAGAUAUACGUACCUAAAGGAACUUGGGAUAAUCCACAGUGAUGCAAUUAAAUCGUGGUUGGAUGACCUCAACCGUCAAUAUGGGACCGAGAAUUUAUCAGAGAUUGAUAACGUAUCAAGUGAUUAUUUGCCAAAUGGAAAAAUUCAAAACGAGAGGUGAUUCAUUCACAAAUCCAGUGAUAGUGCUUAAUGAGAAUUCAAAUCAACGUUGCAUUAUAUCAUUUUAUUUGUCAUUAUUUUUCUCCAAGAAUGAUCGCAAUUUUAUCUCCUCCAUUUGCCUUCCUCUUCCUCUGAAGUAUCGUUAUAUUAUCUAUCCUAUGACAGAGGAGAUAAACAACCGAAUGAUAUAAUCGAAGUGACAACUUUUUAUAUCUACCUUUCUCCACUGAAAUCCUUUUUCAGCCUUCUAGUUUACACCUUAGGAUUAUUAUUAAUACAUAAUGCCAUGAAAAAUAAUAUUCAAUAAUCCCACGAUCACUUCGAUAAAUAUACUGGCACAUUGAUACCUGUAUUUGCUAUAAAACUAACGAUUUUGUGUAUGCACCCUGAAUACUCAUGAGUCAAUUGUCAAUGAACAUGUUCAUCGCAUUGAAUUCAAAACCGUGAACGACGAUAUCAUCAUUUUUAAUGCCUAAAAAAUU